UCCUGCAAGAUGAUGAGUUCUAAUCAGGAGGAGGUCACUUUGGGCUCUUUUCUCCAGUAUAUUGAAGAUAUGGGGAUGAAAGCCUAUGAUGGCUUGGUUAUACAGAAUGCAUCAGACAUUGCUCGAGAGAAUGAUCGCAUGAGGAAUGAAACAAACCUGGCUUACUUGAAAGAAAAGAGUGAAAAACGCCGAAAACAAGAAGAAGCAAUAAAACGCAUAGGCGGAGAAGUAGCAAGAGGAAAUGAAGGCAGCUACGUGGGGAAACAUUUCCGCAUGGGAUUUAUGACAAUGCCUGCUCCUCAGGACAGACUGCCACACCCCUGCUCCAGUGGCUUCACUGUCAGAUCCCAGUCUCUUCAUUCAGUUGGAGGAACCGAUGAUGAAAGCAGCAGCUCUCGAAAGCAGCCACCCCCAAAACCGAAGCGAGACCCCAACACCAAACUGAGCACCUCGUCUGAAACAGUCAACACUGGAACAACAAGUAAAAGUGGGAAACUACCGGACAGGACUGAAGUGUCAGCCAAACCAAGACCUCACAGUGAUGAGUACACAAAGAAGAUUCCACCUCCUAAGCCGAAACGAAACCCGAACACUCAGCUAAGCACAUCUUUUGAUGAAACGUAUAUCAAAAAGCAUGGCCCUAUGAAGACAACCCUCACUAGGGAUGCCUCGCUCUCGCAGGUCAGCAGUCCUGCUCCAGACACAGAGGAAGAAGAGCCUGUUUAUAUUGAAAUGGUUGGGAAUAUUCUCAGAGACUUUAAAAAAGAUGAGGACGACCAAAGCGAAGCAGUCUAUGAAGAGAUGAAAUACCCUAUAUUUGAUGACGUAGGCCAAGAUUCAAAAUGUCAAUGUGAAUAUGACCAUCACACUUGUUCUUCUCAGUGUGCUACUCCCACAGUGCCUGACCUAGAUUUCACCAAGUCUUCAGUGCCAUCUACUCCCAAGGGCUUGCUUUGUGACAUACCCCCGCCAUUUCCAAACCUGCUUUCUCACAGACCUCCACUGCUGGUGUUCCCACCAGCACCAGUGCAGUGUUCCCCAAAUUCUGAUGAGUCUCCUCUAACUCCACUGGAGGUCACAAAGCUUCCCGUCUUAGAAAAUGUGUCUUACAUCAAACAGCAAGCUGGAGCUUCUCCGUCUUCACUGCCACCUCACACACCAGGCCAUCAAAAACUGGAGAAAGACCAGACAGUAUCUCAUGGAACUAGCACCCCUGGGCACACCUCCUCACCUCCUCAUCCUUCUACUUUAUACAGAACGCAGUCUCCACACGGUUAUCCUAAAAGUCACUCCGCCUCACCUUCUCCUGUCAGUAUGGGUAGGUCUCUUACCCCCUUAAGCCUCAAAAGACCUCCACCUUAUGACUCUGUACAUUCAGGAAGUCUCUCAAGAAGCUCUCCAUCAGUGCCUCAUUCUACAGCCAGAAACACAUUGCAAGAAGGAGGAAAGAUGGUCAGUGUCUCGGUCAGCACCUACGGGUCAUCAUCUCAGAGCAGUUCCCGUUCUCGGACACCCACCAGUCCUCUGGAGGAGCUAACCAGCCUCUUCACCUCAGGACGAAGUCUCCUGAGGAAAUCCUCCAGUGGCAGAAGAUCUAAGGAACCUGCAGAAAAACCACUAGAUGAGCUGAAGAUCAGAAGUCACAGCACUGAACCUCUACCAAAGCUGGAAAACAAAGAGCGAGGACAUCAUGGGACAGCUUCCUCUAGGGAGCCAGGGAAAGCUCAGGAAUGGGAUGGAACGCCAGGCCCCCCUGUGGUGUCGAGCAGGCUGGGGAGAUCCUCUGUCAGCCCUACCAUGCUGGCUGGAGGCAACAGCUCAGAGUCUAAAUCAAGCUGCCGGUUAGGCCGGUCCGCAUCCACGUCAGGAGUGCCUCCUCCGUCUGUGGCGCCGCUCAGGCAGCCCAGCGACCUCCAGCCGAGCCAGGUGACGUGCAUGCAGUGGUUACAAGGGGACCACACAAUGCUGGACAUGAUUGAGAAAAAGCGUUGCCUCUGCAAAGAGAUCAAAGCUCGACAGAAAUCAGAGAAAGGACUCUGCAAACAGGACAGCAUGCCUAUUUUGCCAAGCUGGAAAAAGAAUGCUGGGACCAAGAAAUACAGCCCUCCUCCUUAUUCCAAACAACAAACUGUUUUUUGGGACACUGCGAUUUGACAGGCCUGUGGAGGAUGUCCUCUCCACUGUGUGGCACCAAGGACAGGUAGCCGUCCUUCUUCAAAAGGCAAAGGCUCUAACCUCAGACUUACCUACAGGUGGUGAACUUCCUAGGAAAAAACCCA